GUGAGCUGAGCUGAUGCCUUUGGAUUGCGUACUGGAGAUCCAGAGUCAGUCUACGAUAGCAAACUUGCCUCAUUGCAUGUUAAGAACAUAGACCUAGUCAAGAUAUGGAUUAUUUUGAGCUAGAAAACAAACAAGAAUCUGAUUUUAAAUUCAUAUAUGAUGGAUCAGACACAUCAGAAUACUUCAUUUCCAAGCCGGAUGAAGAAAUAAAAGAUUUAAGUGAUGUAUCCCUACAACAUUUGGAUUUAAAAGAAUCACAAAGUUCCCAAUCAAGCAGAGAAGUGCAAGGAUUGGAAUAUAAUUUUGAUGAUACUGAUAGAUUAUCGCCAAAAACUAACACAGAGUUAUCCAAGGAUGUAGCUCACACUGGACCAUUGCCGGUCUGCAGACUGUGCGGUCAAGGGAUUAAUGACGAAGAGAUUACUUAUCUACACGAGAUCGUACAUAAAGAUGAAACGAUGAUUGUUGAUAAAAUAAAUGCCUGUCUGCCUAUAACUGUCAGUUUAGAGGAUAGCCUGCCGAAGCAAAUUUGCUCAGAGUGUAUGAUUAAUUUGGAAACAAGUUAUUUGUUUUCUCUUUGUGUUACUACUGCUGAGGAAAAGCUCAGGCAUUUACAGUUUUGCUCCGACGCUGAAAGCAUGAAUUGUCCGUUAUGCUGUGAAGGCUGUAUGACAGCUGUUCCUUCAGAAACAAAUGUAGAUGAUUCAUCAGAUGAAUACCAUCAUACUGAAACAAUCUAUAUAAAAACAGAACCAAGUUCGAGUAAUGUCCAGUUGGAGAAAACACAUGUCAAUUCUUCAGUUUCAUCAAAUGUUCUACCGAGUAGGAAACGGGGAAGAUCACAGCAGGGUGAAAUGGAUGAAGACUGGAGCUCGACAGAACACGAGCCAAUGAGAAAGAGACGAGCUACAACAUUCAGUAGAGGUCGUAGAGGAGGUUCAAGGAUCAGGAGCUCAAAACUGAAGAAUAUGGACUGCUUCAUUUGUCAUUCCAAUUUCAACAGCUUUGACGAAGCUCUGUCACAUGCUCUUAGUGCCCAUUGUGACAGUAUGAACGAGACAUUUCCCUGUCCGCUUUGCCAGAGUAUCACGACCAGCGAGCAGGAGUUACGAAACCAUGUAGACUCUCACAAUGAUAAGAGAGAGUUACUUGUGAUACGUUGUGUGUGCGGGGCUGAGUUUAGUAAUGUCAGCUCCUUCAACAAACAUGUCAGUACAAAUCACCCCACGUUUGUGGGGUUCCGCUGUCCUCUGUGUAACUUAACAGUCAACAACAACGCUGAAGAUCUUACGAGGCAUGUCUUUCAAGAGCAUCAGGAUACGACGGAGCCAAACGUGUUUACUUGUCCAGUAUGUACUAUGGUGUUCCAGUCGGAGGGAGACGGUGAGAAACACUGCUUCGAGACUCACAUCACCGAGCUACAGAUGUGUCCCGUGUGUAACUCCGAGCUCGGCUCCGAUGAGGAAUAUUUCAGCCACUUCAUGGAAUCUCAUUGUUCUACUGAUACAUUCACAGUUCCCUCGUUCUACAACUGCUGUGUAUGUGGAAACAACUUCCGCUCUCAGUACCACCGCAUCAAACACACUUGCAAUGUGGCGUCAGAUGAGCUGUACUGCCGCGAUUGUGACAAGGGGUUCCCCACCAGGGCGAGGUAUGUGUUUCAUCUGCAAAUCCACCAGUCCGCAGACACAAGUAUGAGGUGUGAAGAGUGUCUGCGCACCUUCACAGAUGAGAAUAUGUUCUACGAUCAUGUUAGGUUCCAGCAUGAAUCAGAGGAGCAAGUGCAGUGUAAGGUGUGUCAGAAGUUGUUUAAGAACAUAAACAGUCUCAACACACAUAUGAAACGACACGAAACCACCCGGAACCACAAGUGUGAGGAGUGCGGCAAGAGGUUCCAGAACGCCCAGACCCUCAGGGAACACAUGGUUAGUCACAUGUCCGUGAAGCCGUUCCAGUGUCACAUCUGCGGAGCUUACUUGUCACGCCUGUCUCGUCUGAGGGUACACCUUCGCACUCACUCUGUCAAAGCGUCCAAGGCAUCCAUGAAGGCGUACAAGUGUUCUAUUUGUACUCAGCUGUUUCCAAAUAUGAAGGAUGCCAUUAAACAUACGGAAGGGCACGCGGAAGAGCAAGACAUUAAUCUUGAAGAAAUGGAGGUUAAUUUGGUGUUUCGGUGUGAGUUCUGCGAUGCGUUCUUCCACAAGACGGCGGAACUGAACGCUCAUCGUCAGAAGUUUCACAGUGAUCCGCUGGUGAUGAACCCGUACACCUGCAGUGUUUGUGGCGCUACUUUCUCCACAUACGCUCGAGUUACGACACAUAAACUGAGCCACGGCAUCAAUACAGAGUCACUUAUAGUACCUGAUAAAGUGAACGAAGGUGAGGAGAAGUUUGUGAUUCCGCAGUAUUUCUUGUGCCACGAGUGUGACAAGCGAUGUCUACACUACACGUACAUGAGUCUGCACCGCAGGUUCCAACACGCCUCUGGCAAGCCUAUCUUUACCUGUGACAUGUGCGGGGAUAAAUUUGCUACUUCGUGGUCACUGCAGUUUCACAGGAAGAAACAGCACAGCAUGAAUGACAAGGAUGUGAACGGUGAAGGUGUCAACGUCAACAGUCUGUUUCACUGUCAGAUAUGUGAGAAACCCUAUGUGACGGAGACCAGUUUGGAGCAUCACAUGAGGAAGUGUCAUGAGUCGGGGGACGGCAACGACGGCAACAGCUACAUCUGCGAGACUUGCGGCAAAACUUUCCAGUUCAAGUCUGCUCUAGAAGCUCACACCGAUGCUCACCAAGGUAUGAAACGCUUCAAGUGCAACAGCUGCGACAAGCGGUUCACGCAUCGCGCGGGGCUGAUACGCCACAUGAAACUGCACUCGGAAACUGACACGUUUGAGUGCGAGUACUGCGGGAAGAAAUUCCGAGAUCGAACGGAACGAGAGAAUCAUCGGAGAGCUCACACGGGCGAGCGGCCUUAUAUGUGCGAAGUGUGUGGACGUACCUUCCACACUAGAGCGGUGUGGCUGGAUCAUUCAAGGAUCCAUCAAGAUGUACGGCCAUAUCAAUGUGACAUCUGCAGCCAAUCGUUCCGUCGUUCCUACGCUCUCAAGAGUCACUAUUUGAUACACACAGGCGAACGACCGUUCUCCUGCGAUUUGUGUGGGAAAUCGUUCCGUCUUAAGCAAACUUUGUUCGCUCACAGGAAGAAAGAACAUCAGAACAACGACAACGAUGAUCCCGGUCAAAUCAUCCUUCCUGACGAUGUUCUACUGAUCGAAGAGGAUCCACAGUAUGACGAGUUGCCCGAAGUCAAUCUGAUGGAUAAAAACUAUAUGGACAGUGAACUUGUCGACAAUCCUGACGUUCCUACAACUUCCCUAGACAAGAACGACGAAUGGCAUAUAGACCCGAGAUACAUGUUGAACAGGGCUGUGACCGAAACAAGCUUCAAAGUCGACAAAAGUUCCCAGCCGUUCCAAAAGUACAGCUUGCUGCUGAAGUCUCAACAAAAUAACGGCAGUUUGAAUUAAACUCAAAGGAACUCUGUGAAUAGUUUUGAGUUCAACUCGAAGAAACACUCUUAUGGUGAGUUAAACUUGAAGAAACAUUUUAAAGGUGAGUUAAACUCAAAGAAACAUUUUAAAGGUGAGUUAAACUCAAAGAAACCCUCUGAAGGUGUUGGGGGAUCCCCACAGGUUUGAUUGUGUUAAAGGCCUACUUCAGUUUAUCUGGAUUAAUUUCAUGAAACACUUUGACAAAUAUUCUGAAGUUAGACUUGCAAUUACAUUUCAUACAGAGUUCAGAAUUCUAGGGUCUGCACUUUUGCUUUUGCAAGUUGGUUGUUUUUGUAGGCUGUAAGACAGAAUUGAAAGACAAUGUACAUUAAGUACAAAACUUUCACCUGGCAUCAGUUUUGAAAACCCUCACACACAUUAGAAAACCAUAAAUAGGUUAUUAUUAGUGCAUACAUUAAGAAAAUUUGAAGGUGUAAUGUGACAACAUCCGAUGACAUUUAAGAUGGCUCACUAAGUUGCGUAGUUAUUGUUUCUGUAGCAAGAUUGAUUUUUAUUACUUC